UUUAUGUGGGUUGUGUUUGUAUAAAUGGGAAGAAUAUGUGGAAGCAUGUUCUUUUUUAAUGGAGUGAUUUUGUUUUUAUGUUUGAUUAUGCUUUUUGGCUUUCCCUUUUGGUGGGGUUUCUUGUCCUUUUAGAAUGAAUUGAUUCUGAGUUGAAAAGGCUCGUGUAUCUUUGUGUUUUAACUUACUCUUUUGUUUGGUUCCUCAGAAAAUUGAGGAAAACAGAAUUUUUUUUAUUAUUUUAAUUUUCACAAUUUAGCUAGUUGAGUGGAAAUGUUUGUUUUCCCUGGUUUGAGCGGUUCUAUUCUUUUACAUUUAUUUUAACUUUCUACCAGCUAUAAGGAUUGCUAAGUCUUAGGUUUAUUGUGGUGAUUGUUUGAACUUGCUGUGUUCAUAUGCUUAGACCUAUCUAGAUUAGCUAUUCACAUGACCUUUUGCUUUUAAAAUCAAACUAUUUUCUGCCAGUUGUUAUAGUUAUUCUUAAUAUGAAAUAAGUUUUGAUUGGGUUUAUGCGAACUGUGCUACAUGCUUCUUCUAUUCCUGUCAUUUUCUUAAUUUUUGUUGAUAAAAUCACUUUUGUUUAAUGUGUUUCUGUUUAAGUACUCGUUACAAAGGUCAAAGUGCUAUAUUGAUGCUUUCUUCUAGGGUUAUGCAUCAGUUACUGAUGUGGGGCUAUGUGAGAUCUCUGGUGAUUUAUAAUUAGGAUACAGGGAAUAAAAUCUUCCUGUAGUAUGGCAACAGAGAGUCCGAUUAGAAUCUUGGAAACAGGUGCAAAAUGGUCCACAUCAUCUGCCAAUAUGGCAGUAGAGGAGUUAGGAUUGCCUCAAAAGGGUCAUAAUUUUCAUGGCAGUGGGAGAAAUGCUGUGCCUGAUAGAAGUGGAAGUGCACCUCCAAACAUGGAGAGUUCCUUGUUGGCCAUAGAUAACCUUAUAUCUCAGCAGAACACUGACUUCAGUGUGAGCUUGGCUAACUUAAAUGCCACUGUUGAAAAUUUUGUGUCUGAGGAGUACCUACAAACUGGUCCAACAUAUUUAACAUAUUACCAAUCCAAUGCCAACCUAAACCCAAGGCUUCCUAGACAUAAUUUUAACCACAUGAAUAGAUUUGGAACCAUUUCGAGUUCAAGUUCUACAGAUGAUGUUGCUAAUAGUUCUUUUCAUUUGUCUCAAGUUUCCUUUUCUACACAUAAGGAAGAGUCUGAGGAUGAUCGCUCGCCCCAACAUUCAGUUGAUGAUCUGGGUGGCAGGACAAAUGGGCUCUGGUCUAGAAAGGAUGCAGCUCAAUUGGCAGGUCAAAACAAAAAUUUUGUUGAUACAAUGCAGGAAGACUUUCCUUGUACUUCAUCACAUGUAUAUGAUCAGUCUCAUUCUUUGGGCUAUGAAAUGACAGUGGAAGCAGUUGGCCAUAAUUCUAACUCUAGUACCUUGCAAGAUCUUUCUGUUAGCUCAUCAAAUGCUGCUAGAUCAACUAUUGAUACCGAUAGUAUAAUGGUAGCAUCAAAAGCUAAUCUGUCAGCUGCCCAUAUUUCAAGCUCAUCAUCGUGCAAUAGUAAAGGAACCCUAUGUUUCACACCAUCUACUAAUGUAGGAACUUUGAAUGAUUCAGAUGUUUGGUUAAAGGAUGAAGUCUCAGUCAGUGUCAGUAAUGCUGAGGUUACUGUUCUUGGAUCUUAUAUGAAGGAUCUGACUGUGAGCCCUCAAAAUUCAGGGAAUCAAAUAAAUCAAGAUCAAUGCCAAGCAUACCAAGAAGAGAGCAGUUCAUCUCAAGUUCGAAGUGCUACGUCUCAAUUAGGUUCUCAAGGAGUAAUCGGCACUUACUUUGGCAUGGAUCAGUUUCAUCAGGGGCCUUCUAGGUUCUCAACAGUGGUACAGCCAGUACUUCAGUCAUCUGUGUUCACACCACCACUCUAUGCAACUGAAGCAGUGUACAUGACUUCAUUGAAUCCUUUUUACCCUAAUGUUCAAGCCCCGGGUUUUUAUUCUCCUCAAUAUGGUCUAGGUGGUUAUGCGAAUUCUUCUGUUGUUCCUCCAUUUAUUGCCAGAUAUCCUCCCCAUGGUGCUGUUCCAGUUGUUUCAGAUGGUGCUGCUGGUCCUAACUUUAGUACUCAAGCGUCUCGGGUUUCAGGUGGAGCAGUAUUUGUUCAUGGAUCUGAUGCACAACAUCUUAGCAAGUUUUAUGGACAGGUUGGAUUUGCACUGCAACCGUCUUUUGCUGAUCCCUUUCAUUUGCAAUACUUUCAACAGCCUUUUGGGCAGGCAUAUAAUGUUUCUGGUCAGUCUGACCCAUCCACUUCUGGAAGUGGUGUUUUUGGGAACCAGAAUAUUGCUUACUUGCAGAAAGUGUCUGACAUAGCUGCUUCUGAUGACCAGAAAUUUCAAAAUCAGAGAAGUACAGGACCAAGCAAUUCGAACUCAGGUAAAGGGGUGAUGAGUCCUCAUUAUUUGGGGAAUCCACCACAUAUGGGCAUUUCAGUGCAGUACCCAUCUUCAGCAAUAGCUAGUCCAGUUUUGCCUGGAUCCCCUUUAGUGGGGGCUGGAUUUCCUUGUGGGAGAAAUGAAAUGAGUUUUCUGCCUAGUUCUGGUAGAUAUUCUGGUUGGCACAGUCAAAGGGGAUAUGAAAAUUUUAAUGAUCCCAAAAUCUAUAAUUUUCUUGAAGAGCUGAAAUCUGGCAAAGGCCGAAGAUUCGAGCUGUCUGAUAUUGCAGGGCAUAUUGUUAAAUUUAGUGCUGACCAACAUGGGAGUCGAUUUAUUCAGCAGAAGUUGGAGAGUUGUAGUGGUGAAGAGAAGUCAGCUGUAUUUAAAGAAGUUAUUCCACAUGCUUCCAAACUGAUGACUGAUGUUUUCGGUAAUUAUGUUAUCCAGAAGUUCUUUGAGUAUGGAAGCACUCAGGAGCGGAAGGAACUUGCAAAUCAACUUGUAGGCCAGAUUUUGCCAUUAAGUCUGCAGAUGUAUGGCUGUCGUGUAAUACAAAAGGCACUUGAAGUUAUUGAACUUGAACAGAAAGUACAGCUUGUCUGUGAACUGGAUGGACAUAUCUUGAGAUGUGUACGUGAUCAAAAUGGCAAUCAUGUCAUACAAAAAUGCAUUGAGAGCAUCCCAACAGAGAAAAUUGAAUUCAUAAUUUCAGCUUUUCGUGGCCAAGUUGCCACACUUUCUAUGCAUCCCUAUGGUUGCCGUGUUAUACAGAGAAUUUUAGAACAAUGUACAGAUGAGAGUCAAUGCCAGUUUAUAGUAGAGGAGAUCUUGGAUUCUGUUUGUGGUCUUGCUCAGGACCAGUAUGGCAAUUAUGUUACCCAGCAUGUAUUGGAGCAGAGAAACCCUCUUGAACGAAGCAAAAUUAUUGGCAAGUUAUCCGGGCAUAUUGUACAACUGAGCCAGCAUAAAUUUGCAUCAAAUGUCAUUGAGAAAUGCUUCGAGUAUGGGGGUACUGCUGAGCGGGCGCUAAUUAUUGAUGAGAUUGUUGGGCAGAAUGAGGGACAUGAUAAUUUAUUGAUAAUGAUGAAGGACCAGUUUGCAAAUUAUGUUGUCCAGAAGAUUUUUGAAAUAUGUACGGACAGUCAACGGGCCAUGUUGCUUAGCCGUAUCAGAGCACAUGCUCAUGCUUUAAAGAAAUAUACUUACGGGAAACACAUUGUUGCUCGGUUUGAAAUGCUACUAGAAGGUGGGCUAACACCUGGAAGGGGCAUCAAACAAUUCUAACCAUUCUGGAGAGGGCUUUGGUCCAGGAUUUGGUGAAGCAGUAAGUAUGUGCAUGUUAAAGCACUCUGGUUCGUGUAUUAGAAAUACAAUUAUUGAGCAUAAAAAAUAGGAUGAUUGGUGGGUUGGAGGAGGUAAGAUAUUGGAAACCUGUAAAUUUAUUGUUUACGGAAAUUAAAAAUUAUUGUAGAAUUUAUUUUGUGCAAAGACUUUGUAUCUCAUAUAUUACAAUAUGUAGUUUUAAAACUUGGGCCAUUUGGCGUUUAGGCUAAUAUCAUCAGAAAUUUUAGGUAAA